GCCGGGGCAGCGCCGGCCCCGAAGCGACCUAGACACAGUGCUCCCUCCGCUGAGGCGGCCAGAGGAGGCAGGGACAGCGCCACGAGACUCCGCCGCACACCCCCAGGACACCGCAAAAAGCCCCAGAACCAGUCCCUCAGCGAUAAGAGGCGCGCUGGGCCUUUAAGGGCGACGGGGGGCGGUCCCGCGGUGCGGACGUGGCGUGGCCGUGCCGCCGCCAUUGCGGACGCCAUGAGGAGAGGCAGCAGGGCCCCCAGCGGAGAAUGGCCGGCAGAAGCGCCGGGUGCGGCCCGCAGCCGCCGACCGUAGCGCAGCAGCCCACCGGCGGUCACCUGUACCCGUUCGUGGUCGCGGAGAGCGAGGGGCCGGAGGAGGAGGGCGGCGAGGUGACGGAGCUGCGGCCGCGGGGCAGGGAGAAGGUGCGAAGGAGCGCGUCGAGGGACAGGCUGGAUGAUGUCGUCCUGCUCACGAGGGACAUCCAGGAAGGGGACACGCUCAACGCCAUCGCGCUUCAGUUCUGCUGCUCUGUUGCAGAUAUCAAGAGAGUUAACAAUCUUAUCAACGAUCAAGAUUUUUUUGCCUUGAGGUCCAUCAAAAUUCCAGUAAAGAAGUUCAGUGUCUUGACCGAAACGCGUAUCUCUCCAAAAGGAAGACAGGUUCUUCGGCCUGCUCACUGCUCCCUAGAAGCACAGGAAAUGUCACCUCCUGAUAAAUUCCCUGCUAACGAGACCGCUGGCAACUUCUUAAAAGAAGUGGAUCGAGAUAUAGAGGAAAUAGUGAAGUGUAAUGAUACGAAGAGAGAGAAUCUUGAUGAAGUUGUUUCCGCCUUAGCAGCCCAGCAGAUCUCUUUCGAAACUGAUGGUAAAGCUAAAAAAUGCAAGGAUCCUUACUAUGGAGCAGACUGGGGUAUAGGAUGGUGGACAGCUGUAGUGAUUAUGUUGAUUAUUGGCAUAGUAACUCCAGUGUUUUACCUCCUGUAUUACGAAGUUCUAGUGAAAGCAGAUGUCAGUCACCAUUCUACAAUGGAAUCUUCCCAUCUGUUUGUCACAGCAGCAUCACAUCAGAAACAAAUAGAAAAUGGAGUAAAUCAGGCUAAUAUUAUAAAUGUUGAUAAUCAAGGAGACCUUCAGCCUUAACGGUGGAAAACACCAGGCAACUGUUACUCAUAGACACAUAACGUAGCAUUAGAUAAAGGGGAAAGCACAGAAUGCAAAGUGCAUCUGGAACGCAGAGAAAAUGUAUGCUGAUGUAUGACUUGCUUGCAUGGGCAGUAGUCCAGCACAAGGAUAUUUCUGUGGGUCAUGUAAUCUCUGAAUAUGCCUGAGACAGGCGAUUUUUAAUGCCAGAUUGGAAUACAAAUUAAGGUUUAAAAUUGUCUCUGAAGCGUUGCACUUUUUUUCUCUAUUUUGAUAGGCAUGUUUUUUAAUUAUUGAUGAGGUGAAAAAAUGUAGGUUGAACUAACACACGAGGAGUCUCACUGUACGUUUUUCAGCCCUAAAAUGGGCAUUUGGGGAUAUCUAACUUUUAAACAUCUGUAACUAUUUAUAGAAUGCGUAGGACACUUGACAUUUUAAUAUCAGGUUUACAGUUGUCAGUUAAAACUGCAUUCUCCUAAUCCUAUUUUACAGAGUAAGAUUUUCUCUAUUUUUUUUUUUUUUUUUAAACCCUCAAUCAUUCCGUAAUUAAUUGCCACGGUGAAGUUUUUUUUACAAGUGACUUCUAUAAAGGCAGUAACCAAUGCUUAAGCUGAAAUCUCCGAAUCUGAUGCCUGUGGUCAACCCAUCCUUGACUACCUUUCAGUGCAGGCAGUAGUUUGUUUUCUGUGUGUGUGACACUGUGCCUCAACACAGUCCAGUUGACAGAGUCUUGCUGAAACUUCACAUCCUUCUGUGUAUCCUGCUGAAAACAGACUGGACAGGACUGCGCUUCUCAUGUGGUCAGCUGCGUACAGGACAGAGUGUGGAUGUUCAGUACACUUCACAGUACUAGUGAAGUAGUCACAUACUACUGCUGUGACUGCUUCAGUAGUCUUUAUUUUCUGCUAAUGAGUUGCUUCUCAGCCCCUCCAGUUAAUCCCAGUUCAGGACCAGCUGAUUCUUUAGACAGCAGUCAGGUGGGUACCAAGUAUGCCAAAGGUCAUGUGUCCGUGAACCUCAAACACUUAACUUUUCCCUGAAAUCUAGAAAACUGCAAACAAGUUUUAGUGCCCGAUAGCAAGAAACUUAAUUGCAGCAGAAUAGACCAGUUGUAGUUGCAGGCUUGUUCAUUAUGUAGUAGUGUGUAUUCAUGAGCCACUCUGUUCUUCAGUGUUUCACUUGGGCUUUCAUGAACAACGUUGGUUUUCCUCUUUUCUUCCCUACCUGAAAAUGCUACAAGAUUUAAGAAACCAAAACAAACCUGAAAGGAGGAGGUACUUGUGUACUCACAAUAUUUUUAAAUAAAAUCUGUGAUGCUGCCUGUAACUUUUUUGUUAUAUUUGCCUUGUGGAGUAACAUUUCCAUUGCCCUGUUCAAAGUACCAUUUGUUACUAAAGCCCAAGAUAACUGAAUUGAAUAGGACUUGGAGAAAUAGA